CGUAAGAAAAUGGAUGAUUGUUUUUAAGGAGAAGUUCAUCGGUUGCUUCUUCCCACCUUUUGCGUCUCUCCACGUCCAGAACUUUCCGUUCAGGCUGAGCUGAGCACCUUCUCCAAGGCAAGGCUUCCGCCAUAGCCACCCCAACAGUCAAAGCUUCUCAACUCCACUCUUCCUUUCCUGUAGAAUACUACAAACACUGUAGCAAAGCAUAGUAGAGACGGAUGUGCGGAAGAGCCCGUUGUACUCUUCGAGCUGAUGACAUCACCAGGGCCUGCCACCGCACCGGCGGUCCCGUACGCUCCCUCAACAUGGACCGUUUUCGUCCGCUGUUCAAUGCUUCCCCGGGCUCGGAUUUGCCGGUUGUUCGUCGAGAUGAUGAAUCUAGUGAUGGAGGAGUCGUCCUUCAGUGCAUGAAAUGGGGGCUUAUUCCUAGUUUUACUGAGAAAUUCGAGAAACCUAAUUACUUCAAGAUGUUCAAUGCUCGCUCAGAGUCCAUACAUGAAAAGCCCUCUUUUCACCGUCUAGUUCCUAAAAGAAGGUGCCUCGUGGCAGUGGAAGGGUUCUACGAGUGGAAAAAGGACGGAUCAAAAAAGCAGCCGUAUUAUAUUCAUUUUAAGGAUGGGAAGCCACUUGCUCUUGCUGCUUUAUAUGAUUGUUGGGAAAACCUUGAAGGUGAAUUACUUUACACUUUCACCAUUCUAACAACUUCACCAUCUCCAGCUUUGAAGUGGCUGCACGAUAGGAUGCCUGUAAUUUUGGGUGACAAAGAACGUAUGGAUAUGUGGUUGGAUGAUUCUUCAUCGUCCAAGUAUGAUACCGUCUUUAAACCGUACGAGGCUCCUGAUUUGGUAUGGUACCCUGUAACACCAUCCAUGGGAAAGCCUUCAUUUGAUGGGCCGGACUGCAUCAAGGAGAUACAGCUAAAGAAUGAUGGAAGCAAUCUCAUCUCCAAAUUUUUCUCUGCAAAAGAAACAAAAAAAAAGGAACAUUCGGACUCACAAGAUAAAACUUCCUCUAACACAUCUGUGAAGCCUGAGGCAUCUCCAAGUCUAGAAGAACACAAAAGAGAAGCAAAUCUUGGAGCUUCAUCUGAAGAAUCAGAGGAUUGUCUUGCAAAGUGUUCAUCUGUUACUUCACUAACAUAUCAAAUAAAACGAGAUCGUGAAGACAUCUCAUCUGGCUCGAAAAGUGGCGUGGACGACUACAGCAAGGCAGGCAGCCGUCCAAAGAUAAGGAAGAAGGGAAACCUGAAGACUGGUAAUGACAACCAAUUAACCCUCGUUUCAUACUUUGGAAGGAAAUAGAUAGGCCUGCCUUGUUUCAAAACAGACAGGUGUGCGCUGCACCUCAUGUUUAUAUGUACGCCAUUUAUUUUGUUUAUCUUGGUGUGAUAGAUGCUGCUGACUGCUGAGGUACGUGGAAGGUUUUGUUUUUUUUUUUUUUAAAUGAACAUUUCGAUUGUGUUAAAUCUUAAAAUGGACUUCAUUUUUGUUGUAUAAAGGGCAGUCUUCUGUAGCUUAGAAGGGCAAGUUUGAUUUUGGUUGAUCCUUCCACUGUACACUAAACUGAACUAUUUGUUUUCUUUUAUGAUACGUUGUAACGAAUUUCCUAGCAAAAAAUGCAUUAUGUUUUGGUUCA